UCACCCUGCAACAUUCAUUGGUUAGUUGCGAGUCAUUUUUAUUAUCAUGUUCUAAAGUCCGUCUCGGUACAAAUCAAACUUUAGCAGCUCAUGAUCUGGAACGGAUGGUUUAAUCUAGGGCUCUGCCAUAGAGAAAAAAUGGGAUUAACUAUAAUUGCGGUGUUUAUUGGGGUCAUCCUUCCCUCUUUAAACGGUCUACCACGUGAUCCAGAGAGACAUUCCCUCUAUUACAUAUACACAGCCCUAUCAAAGACCGUAACCGCUCCCAACAUCUAUGAGUUUACUGCAAUGGGCCUCCUGGAUGAUCGCAAGAUUGACUACUACAACAGUGUAGAUAAGAAGAAGAUCCCUCAAGAGAACUGGAUGAAAGAGAAGCUUCCCGCGGACUACUGGACUAAGGGAACCCAGUCGCGCCAGAGCAAAGAGCAGUGGUUCAAAGUCAAUGUGAACAUUCUGAUGGGACGCAUGAAGCAGAAUGAAUCUGAUCUUCAUGUACUGAGUUGGAGACAUGGCUGUGAGAUUGACAAAUACUCUGAUGGUCGUGCCCAAUUUGUCAGUGGCGUUGAUGAGUACAACUAUGAUGGAGUGAAUUUCCUGUCCUUUGAUGAAAACGAAAUGCAGUGGAUAGCAGCAGUAUCGGAAGCACUACCCACUAAGAGGAAGUGGGACGGGGUGCCCGUCCUCAACCAGUACACCAAGGGCUACCUGGAGAAAGAGUGUGUGGGGUGGUUGGAAAAAUUCAUGGCCUAUGCUGAAGAAGAACUUAAACAAGCCUCUGCACCAGAUGUUUAUCUUUUUGCUAGGGUAAGCAAGUUCUCCAGUGAUAAGCUGAGCAUGACCUGCCUGGCUACAGGGUUCCAUCCAAAAGACAUUGACAUGUCUAUUAAGAGGGGCCAGGAAGCCGUGGUUAAGGCUGAGUUAAAAGAUGUCUUUCCAAAUGGUGAUGGCACCCACCAGGUGAGGUUGCAAGUGGAGGUGCCAAAGCUUGAGGCCAAUGAUUAUGAGUGCUUCAUAAACCACAAAACCCUCAAAGCACCAGUUGUCAGAUUCUGGAAGACAGAUGGAGUUGAGUUUGAUGAAUCUUCACCUAUUGUUCCGAUUGCUGCUGGAGUUGGAGUUGGAGUUCUCCUUCUUGUUGGUGUAGUCAUACUUGUGGUUUUACUUGUCAAGAGAAAACCAGCUGGUAGGUGCUCCAACACAGGGACGAGGACUAUUGAGGCGACAGCAGCACCAGCUGAGACAGAGACGCUUACGAGAGGCAAGGCUGACAAUGCUGAUGAAAUGCCCGAAGAGGAAAAGAAGCUGAACGGAGAUGACAAGAAUUCAGGUAGCAGCAAAGACUCUGGUUUGGACAUUGGACAUGCAUCCGCUACCGGCUCAGUGAAGACCGAUGGGAGUGUUAAUUCCAUUCCCAACUCAGAG